UACUAGCAAGGUGUACCUAAUAAAGUGGCCGGCUUCAGGCAGGUUGAGGGAGGUUUCCUGCUCAACAAAUACAACCACAGAGGUGGAUUCUAUUACAGCCUGAUUGGGACGGUGUGGACCAGAGUCUGAUAAUCUGAUCUGAGUUCCUAUAUGUGUGCGGUCCUUCUCCCUCCCUCCCUCCCUUUCCUCUCCUCCUCUCCUCCUCCUCUCCUCUCCUCCUCUCUCGCCCCUCCCCUGUUUUCCUGUAAAAGGGAACAAACUGCCUCCUCUGUCCCGCCUCCAGCUCUUCUUGUCCCGUCCGUGAAGCUGCAGCACCAGCACUCCCUCCACCGACCCCACCAUCUGCUGCACUUUACAAGAAUGUAAACCACCCGGAUAAAAGUUAUUUUCAUGGAAAGAAAGGCUCUAAAUACAGGACCAUGGGGUAUGGGCAAAUCCUCCACCGGCGGGGGAAUGAGGAGGACCAGGUCCAUCUCAACGUGGGAGGGGUUCAACACCAAGUGGAUCCGGACAUGCUGCUCCGCUUCCCGCACACGCGCCUCGCUCGCCUGCUAUGCUGCCAGAACGAGGCGUCGAUCCUGGAGCUGUGCGACGACUACAGCCCGUCCAAGAAGGAGUUCUACUUCGACAGGAACCCCAGCGUCUUCCUCUGCGUGCUAAACUUCUACCACACGGGACGCAUCCACAUGAUGGAGGAGGUGUGCGUGUUCUCUUUCAGCCAGGAGAUCGAGUACUGGGGGAUCCAGGAGCACUACCUGAGCCCCUGCUGCAGCUACUGGUACCACGAGAGGAAGGAGUACAUCGACGACCGGGACUGGGACAUCAGGAGCGACGACCAGCAGGAGCCGAGCUUUGACUCGUCCUUCGAGGAGCUCUCCGCUAUCGAUAAAGACCUCGCCAAGUUCAAGGGCGCCUGGUGUGCAGAAGUGAGGAGCUACGUCUGGCUCCGGCUGGAGGAUCCGGGUCACUCGAGAGGCUCGAAGAUCAUCGCCGUGGCGUCCCUCGGCUUGGUGCUGACCUCCAUCAUCGCCAUGUGCGUCCACAGCAUGCCCGAUUAUCAGCAGGUGGACGAAAACGAGAAACCCAUCGAGAACCCCGUCCUUGCCGUCCUGGAGGAGAUCUGCAUCGCCGGCUUCUCCGCCGAGUUCAUCAUCCGACUGAUUGUCGCGCCCUCCUGCAAGAAGUUCCUCGGCAACCCUUUAAACAUCAUCGACAUCGCCUCCAUUUUGCCAUUUUACGCCACGUUGGCUCUGGAGACCGCCGACGAGGAGGUGGCGGAGGAGAACGAGGACUUGGAAAACGUGGGAAAGGUGGUGCAGGUCCUGCGCCUCAUGAGGGUUCUCCGAAUCCUCAAACUGGCUCGCCACUCCAUUGGUUUGCGAGCGCUGGGCGCCACCGUCCGCCACAGCUACAACGAGGUGGGCCUGCUCCUCCUCUUCCUCUCGGUGGGGAUCUCCAUCUUUUCCGUCCUCAUCUACUUCGCGGAGAAGGAAGGGGAGAACUCUGAGUUGGACACCAUCCCGUCAGGCUGGUGGUGGGCCACCAUCACCAUGACCACGGUCGGUUACGGUGACACCUGCCCGGUAACGCUGGCGGGGAAGAUAGUGGCCACCUUGUGUAUCGUCUGUGGACUCUUAGUGGUGGCUCUGCCCAUCACCAUCAUCUUCAAUAAGUUUUCAAAGUACUACCAAAGAAACAAAGCAUUGGAGGCGCAGUGCAUCCCGAAACCUGAACGACAAGACCCAGAGCUCCCGUAUUAUAACCUCAGAGACCUGUUCACAGGAAGUGUGUAUCCCUUUAUAGGCAGCAUCGCCUUCAGGAACAGUGUGAGCAGCGCUGGGGACGACACAGACGCCUCCAGUCUGCAGGAUAUAGAGGUGUACGAUAAUGACACUUGUGAAAAUGGGGCUGCAAAAUGAGAGAAUGAGAGUGUCGCUCCGUUUAAUGCCUCUCAGGGCUGCUCCAUCACCGACCCGGCCUCUCUCUCGGCGUUGUCUUCCUCCUGCAAUUUGACAGAGAAAUAUCGUGGCACCGAUUUAUUUAUUUAUUUUUUUCUACAAGGGAGAAUAGCUUGUGAAAUAUACGGCGUUGCUAAAACCCCGGGAACUCUAAAGGGAAUUAUCUGAGCCUUGCUCGGAGGUUUUGAAAGCCCAUUUUCUGCUUGAGAAAACGGCGAUGAUGCAUGUAGGAGGCCAUAAUGUUAAUGUUUUCUUUUCUCUCAAAGUAAUGCCCUGUAUUGAUUCGUCUGCUCGUUGAAAGUUCAGACUGAGGAUUUCGGCGAAAGUCUAGAAUGACAAACAACACUGUUUGAUGUCUCAAAAUGGUAUUGUAGAUCUCUAAGUUGACUGAUGUUACGCAGUCUGCAUGAACAGAAAUAAAUGCAUCUUUGAAAGAGGAGUAAUGUGUAGAAUUAUGCAAUAUAACAAGAGAGGCCACACAAGCACUGAUAAACCAGGUUAUUGUUAUGAAACUUCUCUCUUGGACAGUUUUGGCAUGCUGGGGGGAAACUCCUAUGGACAUGAAAUAAAACUCAGUGAAUCAGA